AAUUUGAGAGGUACAUCGACGCAGGUGUACAUUUUUUAUUGUACGGGCCGUACUGCCGAUCCUGACGUCAUAGCGCUCAUAUAAUAUACAUCAGAGAACAUAUUUUUGGCGCUUGAACCUUGCUAGCCUUAUCAGUUGGGUGCGCGCGGGGUAAGCUUUAUUAGACACCGCCCACACCAAGCCUAAAGGGAAUCUCUUCGAAAUCACUUUCUUUCUUGGCAGUACAUAUUCAUACGUUGAAAGGCGCCUUUUCGUGAUUAAGCUAUAGAUUAUGGCGCAAAGCCAACUCCAGCUGACAGUAUUGUCACCGGGCUGUUCCUGACUGAUCAAUAGAAGGCGAUCGCCGGCAUUAUAUCUGUCCGUAUCGAUUUUUCUCCAUGAUUAACGGCCCGAUCAAUACUCGGGGUAGGUUUCGAAAGUUGGCCUUGCUUGCGCGCUCUUCUUCUUUCCUUGCCCCAGCCCGCAAGGCCGUCCCAUGAAUCAUUGCGGAGCGCAUCGCCUGGCGACAACACACUAUGCUAAGAUGGCGGCCGAUGAAACGUAAAAAGUUUUGAGGAUCUUGACAAUGAUUCUGACACUAUAAGUGAUGGUUGCACAGAAUAUCACAGCACAGCCAGCUUAAUCAAAUCAAGUGAAGACGACUGAGCCAUGGCUGAACUAAAGUCUCAGUCGAAGGUUGGGGGUGGGGAGCAGAGUUUGACGGUUGCUCUGAGAAUUCGUCCUAUGGCUGAGGAUGAAAUUAUCCAAGGUUCUCACCCAGCUGCAUAUAAAGUGGAGAACAAUAUGGUGGUGUUAUUAGAUCCCUCCGACGACCCCGAUGAUAUUCUCAGGGCGAAUCGGUCGAGGGAAAAACAAUACGUGUUUGACUGCACGUUUGACGGUGCUUGCACACAGAGGGAUGUUUAUCAGAACACAACCAAAAUCCUUAUACCCAACGUGACCAGUGGAUACAAUGCAACUGUAUUUGCCUACGGACCCACAGGUGCUGGUAAAACUUACACAAUGCUCGGAACGGAUGAGGAGCCCGGGAUUAUGGUCCAAGCUCUGAACGAUUUGUUCCUGGAGAUGAGACAGAACACAGACAAAGCUUUCAAAGUUACCAUGUCCUAUUUAGAGAUCUACAACGAAAUGAUCCGAGACCUCCUGAAUCCCGACUCGGGGUUUUUGGAGCUGAGGGAAGACGCAAAGGGCAGCGUCCAGGUGGCGGGUAUCUCCGAGGUCACUGCCAGAUCCACUGAGGAGGUGAUGGAGAUGUUGGUCAAAGGGAACCUGGAGCGGACGCAAGAGCCUACGGCCGCCAACGCCACCUCCUCAAGGUCGCACGCCAUUCUGCAGGUGACGGUCAAGCAGAGGAACCGCGUGCGCAACGUGAUGCAGGAGGUGCGCACCGGACGAUUGUUCUUGGUGGAUUUAGCGGGCUCGGAGCGCGCUGCAAACACGCACAACCGGGGGAAACGGAUGGUGGAGGGGGCUCACAUCAACCGGUCGCUUCUGGCGCUGGGGAACUGCAUCAAUGCUCUCAGCGACAAAAACGGGCCGAAGUACAUCAACUACCGUGACAGUAAACUGACACGACUACUGAAGGAUGCGCUGGGGGGAAACUGCAAGACGGUCAUGAUCGCUCACAUCAGCCCUGCCAGUCUGCAGUUUGAGGAGUCUCGGAAUACCCUUGUCUAUGCCGAUAGAGCCAAACACAUCAAGACUAAGGUUCGUCGUAACGUGACAGACGUGGCCUAUCAUAUCGCCCAGUACUCAAACAUCAUCUCCGAGCUCCGUGACGAGAUUAUGAGACUGAGGAACAAACUGACGGAGCAGUCCAAUCAGCGAUCGGUGGCAAACAUACAGGCAGUGCAAUCCGAAGUAGUGGAGACACAGAAGCGCUCUGACAAGGCUGAACUGACACACUACGGACCUUGAUGGAGCUGAACAACGCGUCCAUGGAGAUCAGCCUAGAGACCAACCGCAACCAGCUAGUCAUCAGCGAGUUUCAGGUGGACAAAUCAAGACAGUUGAGGAACAGAGAAAACACGAACAUGACCGACAACAAACUUCUUGACGAAGAGAAAGAGAACAGCCAACCCAGUGGAGAGAAUGUUCUAGAAGCCCCAGAGCCCGUGGAGGUUCAGGUGGCUCGGAACGAGCUCAAAGUUUUGCACGAGGAGAAGCACAAGACAGAGAGGGUCAAGACUACGGUACAGAGAGAGCUGGACACCGCUCGCAACAAGACGCAUAAACUAGAGGAGGUUGCUUCAACAAACAAUUUGAUGGCUCCUUCUACACCAAAAAUUGGAGAGGAUGGCGAGGAUGACAGCAAUAAAGUUUUCACGCGGAGUGCCAAAGCCAAACAGAUUCAGAGGUCAGAGGAACUGAACAAACACUGGAAGACUGACCUUGACAUUGUGGAAAAAAGCCCGACGCCCCUCGCGCCCUCGAGAAUCUCCUACGAAGACCGAACGGUCAUCACCACAAACACUCGCAACAUCGCCGCCCUCGCGGCCAAAAAACGCAGCCAGGCCAACACCAGCGCCGCGGAGAGCCGGUUCGGCGCUCGACCUCUCUACCGACCCCAGCCGCAGAUCGACGACAAUGACUUUGAUGACUUUGGGAGCGUUUUGACGCCGAGCCGACUGGCCCAGCACAACCGUAACAUGGGCGAGGGCGGACUGCUGGGGCCCUUGCACGGGUUUGGAGGUGCAGACGACGCGGCGGAGAGAGUGAGUCUGCUCACUGACCAGAGUUUGCCCCCUUUGAGGACGAUUGGGGGUAUUGGCAGCAAGAAGAUCCAAGAGCACGAGGAGGCGAGGCGGAGGAAUGUCCGCUACACGGGGAACAACGGCAAUACCGGGAGUUAUCUCGAGAAAUCGCGGAGUCAGGCUAGAAAGACGUCGGAAGUGCAGAACCCCCGAACGAGGCCGAGGAGAAAAAUUUCCAACAACAGCAACCUCCGACCUCCCAACGCAGGCAAAGUCCCAUCACUGGAGGAUCGCUCCGGGACCCCAAACACGGUGGUGUCGGAGAGGAACAGGCGCACCAGCAGGAGCAAUGCACGCAAGAAGCAGAGAUCGUACUCCAAUGGUGUUUCCACGGCCCCGGUCACUCACCAAUCAGAUCACUCCACGACCAGCACGCCCCAACAGCGAGAGAAGAAGACCGCCAAAGUCCUCCCCACAAUCCCACAGUACAGGAAAGGAGAUAUAACGGUCACCGGAACCGCCACAAAUGCUGCCAAGUUUUAGUGCACACAAAACCUGUUUGGUCAAUGUGAUCCACGCUUUUAGUUUGAACACUAUUGCUGGAUGUGACCAGUGAUUGGUUGCUACAUGUUGGUUCGCUCCUCCGUUUGAGAUACUGAAGAAAACAUCCUUAAAAA